CGGAUCAAUGUCAGGCUACAGAAGAGGCUGACUCUGCUUGAUGCUUCUUUGCUACUUUGCCUUGUUGAUGCACGGGCUGUCAGCAGGCUGGAUGUGACGUGACGAAUGGCGCUACUGGCGCUGUUUGCGCAGUUUUUGGGCGUCGCGCAUUCGGAUUUAGUCGCGAGAAGAACGCUAUCCCCGCCUCGCGCCACUCUGCGCUGCGCCUAGUAGGCAGGGCAGGGGGCUAUAAGUCUCGAGCAGGACAGCUCAUUGGCCUGCAGCCCAUUCCCACUCCUUGCUUCCGUCUUCGGUACAGUCGCACCGACAAGAAAAAGAGCAUGAGCUACUCAAUCAUCGGCUUCGGCAAGAUCGGCCAGGCGCUGGCCAACGCCUUUGCGCGCAAGGGCAUCCAAGUGUCUGUGGCGACCACGCGCGACCCGGAGGCGUUUGCGUCCGCUGCAGCUGCGAUUGGACCGACGGUUCGACCCGCAAAGCUGGCAGACGCCGCCAAGGCAGAUAUCAUCUUCUUGGCAGUCCGCUUCGAGUCGCACCCGGACGUCGCAAAGGCGCUGCCCUCCUGGCAGGGAAAGACCAUCAUCGACACGACGAAUGCCUACGGCGUGGCCGCCGAGACACUGGGAGGGCAGCCUUCCGCCAGGGUUGUCUCGCAGGCCUUCGCUGGCGGUAAAUUGGUCAAGGGCUUCAACCAUCUCCCCGCAGCUGCCCUUGGCCAGGAUCCGGCCGUGCACGGUGGCAGGCGAGUCGUGUUUUUGGCGAGCGACGAUGACGCCGCAGCAGCCGAGGUCGGUGCGCUUGCCGAGACUCUGGGCUUCGCGCCAAUCAAGCUUGGCGGGCUCUCAGAGGGCGGUCUGCUGGUGCAGGCGCGCGGUAACAGCUGGGGCCAGCUGAUCUUCAAGGAUCUCUUCAAGUUCAGCUGAGCAGCCGUGAGCGUUCCUGUCCCGCAGCGCAGGAGCAGCGACAUUUCUCAUCGAAGCCAUAGCAGCACCGGCGGGAGGAUCGUAGUCCAAAUAAGCGCUUUAUCGCCCUAGCUCUCACUGUAAUGAGAUAGGUCUGCCUUCAAAUGUGAUUGCGCUGAGACCAAUCAUGCUCGACGGACGAGACGGCGAGAGCGUGUGAAAAAGUGAGAGGAGGAGAGGAGGAGAGGAGGAGAGGAGGAAGAAGGAGCGGAACAGAGCGAGGGAGAGCGCGAUCGAUGGGGCCCAGGCGCACCGAGGAACGUGUGCUUGUGGCUAAGAAUGGUCAGCUCC